UUGUAACGGUUGCAUGAAGCCCAUCACCAUUAGUACCGGUAACUUUUAUCGUUGUACACAAGAUUGCCUGUUUUUUCUCCACAAAACAUGUGCUCGAUUAAGUAGAAAACUACUUCACCCAUUAUAUCCACACGAGAUCAAACUCCUCACAGAAGCUAAUACAUUUGACGGACUGUUUAACUGUCGUAUGUGCCACAGCUUUAGCCAGGGCUUCUGUUACUACUGUAAUAGAUGUGGCAUAUACCUGGAUCUCCAAUGCAUGUCUAUUUCCAACCCUCUUACACGUAAAGUUCAUGGACACACCCUCUACUUGAACUCUGGUUCAAGCGAGGACCAUUGCAGGGGUUGUGGUAUUUCUCUUGCUGAUUUUCACUUCAGUUGCUUCGAAUGUGAGUUUCAUUUGUGCAUUCCAUGUGUUAAACUACCACGUACUGCUAGGUACAAAUACCAGGAUGAUCCUCUUGAGCUCGCCCACCAUGCCGUUAAAAAUGAACUAGGUGAAUAUUACUGCGACAUAUGCGAAGGAGAACGAGAUCCAACACAUUGGUUCUACAAAUCCAAACAUUGUGACUUUGAAUGCCAUCCUCAUUGCAUUCAAGGGGGGCAUCCACAAGUUAUGUUAGGGAGCAGUUACAAGCUUGAUGCUCACCCACACAUUGUCACUUGUGUUGAUAAGAGAAAGAGUGUCAUUCCUUUUGAUAAGAGAGAGAGAAUUCUUCCUUGCCACGGGUGUGGUGAACCUUGCGAAAGAUUGGUGUUUGAAUGUUCUGUGUGUAAUAACUUGUUUGAGUCACUACAACACAACUGCUGAGGUUGCACGUCCGUGCUAAGAU